AUGUCUACCUCUCUUCGCGGCUCUUGCCUAUGCGGUGGCAUUCAGAUACAGACUUCGUCGGGUCCCCUAACUGUCUUCUCAUGUUUUUGUAGUCAUUGCAGCAAAGGCGCAGGUGGGUCGCACCAGACAAUUGCAAAGUUUGAGACUCAAUCCGUCCAGGUAGUCUCGGGGAGCGACCUCAUCUCCAACUUCACGUUGGCCGACACCUCAAGUGGCUCUCCAAAAGAAAAGUCGUUCUGUCGGACCCCGCUGUGGACAACCCCCGCAUCCGCUAAGGGGCGAUACGUUCUCAUCCGGACAAGCUUGCUGGAGAGCUGGUAA